AUGUUGAAGGUAAGUAGCUAGCUAUGCAUGCUGUUCCACACAACAUUGCAACUAACAUAUCUAACUAUCUAGAUUGCCAAUGGGCUGUCUUGUUACCUUGCAAAUUUAUUGUUUCCCUUAAAAAGGCUGUUGCUUUACAAAUUGAAAAAGGUUUCACCACCAUGUUUUCUUUGACAGGUGGAGAACCCGUCCUGUCUGUGGGGCAGGUUUGUGAAUGGUCCAGGGAUAGAAGCGGUCGAGAAUAAAAAAGCAUAUGAUGAUCUGCAAGUGAAAAUGAACCUUUUCUAUCAUGAGGUCAACCUCGAUGUGCAGAAGAUCAAACCCUCAACUAUAGAGGCGGGACAGGUAAUAAUCUGUGUGAAGCGAGCGACUGGUGAUCAGAGCUAAAUGUAAUCUGUGGAAUGUUUUAUCAUCUUCAGUUUAUGGUAAGAGUAUAUGCACAUGAUGAAAGACAUUUAUUGUUUUUGAAUGUGCAUUUACAGAUCUGCCUGACUGGCAUAGCGCAUUAAUGAUAAAUUCAUGUUAGGUGACUGAAUAGUUACUACACCUUUAUAUGAAAACAGAGAGCAUCAUCAUUGUGUUGUUCCCCUCCCCAGGUGUGUGUGGUGUACUGGUCUGCCCUAAGGAGCUGGUGCCGAGCCAUUGUUGAAUCCCUUUUCCUGGGCACCGUUGGAACCCAGGUCAUGUGUUUCCUAGUUGACCACGGAGAGCGCAUCAUCGUCAGCUCAGAUGAGUAUGUCCUAAUUCUAAUUCACUUACUCACUCAUCCCUGUUGUGGCAGCUGAUGCAAAGGGCAACCAAAAAGACUUUGCCCAUCUUCUUGGUUUUGCACUUGAUUAAUGUAUGUCAUGAAAUGUAAUUGUCUGAUCAUGGAGCCCUUCUAUUCUUCCCCAGGAUUCGGGCUCUGUUAGAGAAGUUUCUGCAUCUGCCCUUCUGGGUGAGGAAGUUUCAGCUCGCUGGUGUUCAUCCCAUGACGCUGCAGGUGUCUGGAGACUGCCUGGAGAAAGCUGAGCUCAUGUAAGGGUGGACUGCAGUGCCGAAUAAACGAAUGCACUAAACUUACUGUGAUUAUUUAGUACUAUUUGAAUGCCCUUUGUUGGGCCUCCCGAGUGGCGCAGCGGUCUAAGGCACUGCAUCGCGUUACUACAGACACGGGUUCAUUCCGGGGCUGUGCCACAACCGGCCGUGGCCGGGAGUCCCAUAGGACGGCGCACAAUUGGCCCAGCGUCAUCUGGGUUAGGGGAGGGUUUGGCUGGGGGGGGCUUUACUUGGCUCAUCACGCCCUAGCGACUCCUUGUGGCGGGCCAGGUGCCUGCAGGCUGACCCCGGUCACCAGUUGAACAGUGUUUCCUCCGACACAUUGGUGUGGCUGGCGUCCGGGUUAAGCUGGCAGGUGUUAAGGAGCGCGGUUAGGCGGUUCAUGUUUCGGAGGACGCAUGACUCCACCUUCGCCUCUCCCGAGCCCGUUAGGGAGUUGCAGCGAUGAGACAAGAUCGAAAUGGGGGAGACAAAGGGGGGUAAAAUACAAAUAUAUAAAUAAAAGAAUGCCCUUUGUUGUUAUUCGUUAUUACUACUCACAGAGCUCUUGUUUUAAUUCUAGACCAUCAACGCAAUGGGACAGCUCUGCCACACGCUAUUUGCACAAUCUCUUACAAGGUAUGUAAUCCUCUCCUGCAAGGUCAGUUUCAAUCGUGAUCACUGAAUUGAGCAAUUGAGAAAGCGCAGGUCGUAGUGCUGGACUCUCAUUGCUGUAUAUCAGUCCUAACUGUGCUCUCUGUUCGAUUCUCUGGCCUGAAGCUUCUACCGAGAUGGAGGCAGUGUUGUGUGAAACACAGGCAGAUUGCACUGCCAUUGAGCUCUACUUGACUGUCAAAAAUGUCAAGGUAUUGUACAACAUACAAUCAGUGGUGAUGCCUCCCAUAACUAGCUAUUAUUUUGAGUUUUUCUAUACAACUUUGAAGCUAAAAGAUGGUUAUCUCUCUAGAUCUGUGUGAACGAUGAUCUCGUCUCAAAGAAGUUUGCGUACUUCACAAGCCAGAAGGCCCAUCAAACCAGUGGAAAGAAUGGUGUUGUUGAUAGAUCCCCUGCCGUCUUGGCUUGUGACAUAUUUUCUGAAACUCAGAACUUCCUGGCUACUGACGGCUGCACCGUACGAUCACUUUCAGAUUUCCCGCCCCGGCAGCAGGACCCAACCGUUCAUAAUCAAGGUGAAUGCACCUUCCGUUAUUGUGAAGUCUCAUUAAGAACAGUUUAUUAUGUCUUCCAAAAAGUUCCUGUUGUAAAAUGUCACUGCAUGAACUUGAGGGGGAAACUCUUACUAAAAUGUUCUUCAUUGAGCUUUCUUUAUUGAUCUCUUUAGUGGUUGAUCCGUGGCAUCUAACGACAUCUGGGAAAGAGGCAUCGAAGGCUUCCAAUGAGGUAUCAAAUCCAAAGGUGACUGACAAAACUCAGCAAAAAAAGAAACGUCCUCUCACUGUCAACUGCGUUUUAAUUUCAGCAAACUUAACAUGUGUAAAUAUUUGUAUGAACAUAACAAGAUUCAACAACUGACACAAACAGAACAAGUUCCACAGACAUGUGACUAACAGAAAUUGAAUAAUGUGUCCCUGAACAAAGGGGGGGGGGGGGGGGGGGGGAGUGGUUGCCCCACUCUUCCACCAAGGCACCUGCAAGUUCCCUGACAUUUCUGGGGGGAAUGGCCCUAGCCCUCACCCUCCGAUCCAACAGGUCCCAGACGCGCUCAAUGUGAUUGAGAUCCGGGAUCUUCGCUCGCCAUGGCAGAACACUGACGUUCCUGUCUUGCAGGAAAUCACGCACAGAACGAGCAGUAUGGCUGGUGGCAUUGUCUUGCUGGAGGGUCAUGUCAGGAUGAGCCUGCAGGAAGGUUACCACAUGAGGGAGGAGGAUGUCUUCCCUGUAACGCACAGCGUUGAGAUUGCCUGCAAUGACAUCAAGCUCAGUCCGAUGAUGCUGUGACACACCGCCCCAGACCGUGACGGACCCUCCACCUCCAAAUCGAUCCCGCUCCAGAGUACAGGCCUCGGUGUAAUGCUCAUUCCUUCGACAAUAAACGCGAAUCUGACCAUUACCCCUGGUGAGACAAAACCGCGACUCGUCAGUGAAGAGCACUUUUUGCCAGUCCUGUCUGGUCCAGCGACGGUGGGUUUGUUCCCAUAGGUGACGUUGUUGCCGGUGAUGUCUGGUGAGGGCCUGCCUUACAACAGGCCUACAAGCCCUCAGUCCAGCCUCUCUCAGCCUAUUGUGGACAGUCUGAGCACUGAUGGAGGGAUUGUGCGUUCCUGGUGUAACUCGGGCAGUUGUUGCCAUCCUGUACCUGUCCCGCAGGUGUGAUGUUCGGUUGUACCGAUCCUGUGCAGGUGUUGUUACACGUGGUCUGCCACUGCGAGGACGAUCAGCUGUCCGUCCUGUCUCCCUGUAGUGCUGUCUUAGUACGGACAUUGCAAUUUAUUGCCCUGGCCACAUCUGCAGUCCUCAUGCCUCCUUGCAGCAUGCCUAAGGCACAUUCACACAGAUGAGCAGGGACCCUGGGCAUCUUUCUUUUGGUGUUUUUCAGAGUCAGUUGAAAGGCUUCUUUAGUGUCCUAAGUUUUCAUAACUGUGACCUUAAUUGCCUACCGUCUGUAAGCUGUUAGUGUCUUAACGACCGUUCCACAGGUGCAUGUCCAUUAAUUGUUUAUGGUUCAUUGAACAAGCAUGGGAAACAGUGUUUAAACCCUUUACAAUAAAGAUCUGUAAAGUUAUUUGUAAUUUUACGAAUUAUCUUUGAAAGACAGGGUCCUGAAAAAGGGAUGUUUCUUUUUUUGCUGAGUUUAUAUUACCCUCAAUAAGGUGCAGCAGUUGUAAUCAUGUCCCACAUAAAAAGUUAUAUCCUCCUGUGAAAUCCAACACUGUUAUGUUAUUGACUUGUUGUUUUACAGAAAAGCCUAGAAAAUGGAAGAAAUCCCCCAGAGGGAGGCAAUAAGAAAGCAGCGCAGCGGCAGAACAAGAAAUCCAAGACAUUUUCAGAGAUUGAUGGCGACGAAGACGAGAGGUCUGUUCUAUAGGUUUAGUUAUUGUUUUUAUUGCUCAACAGGUCACUUGGGAGUGGGGCUGCCUUUAGCAGUAAGAUAAUGUCACACUGUUGUUUUUAAUCAUAGCAUUCUUCUUUCAGCGAUGACGAGCCCGGAGAGGACACCGACACAUCUCUUGUGUCAGAACUGUUCAGAAAUCUGAAUCUGUUAAGGUGAGAUAAUGCUCUAGUGUUCUACUUUCAUGCUACUGUCCUAAUCUGCUUUGAAUGACAUUGAAUCAAAUUCUUACUUGUUGUGGAUCUCAACAGAUUCAUGAAGUUCGUGAAUUCUGCUUCGAGCACUCAAAGGGCUGCUAUUCCCAACGUGAGUUUCUGGACGAUCUCGAAGGCCGAUCUCGUUUCUGUAAAAAUUCACUUGCACGAGAACUCUGCUUCUCAUGUUUCUAAGUCGUGGGUGCCCAAACCUUUGGACUAUGUGAACCAAAAUGGAAUCUCAGUAGUGAAUCUUGGGCCAAAAAGAGACGUGGACUAAUACUGUAAAGCACCUUUUGUUUAAUUGUCAGACUGAGCUUAAUGAAGAGAAGGAGGAAGGUGGUGUUCAGAGGUUCUCUGCGGUCACGGAGAAAGCAGAGGAAGAGCCGAUCACUGCAGUUCAACAGAUCGGACAACAGACUGAAACGGCUGUAUGGUAUGAACACAACCCUCCGGCCACUUCCACUUACAUACUUUGUUCUGUUUAGAGGACCACAAUGGAAGAAAGUCUUUUUACUUUUUUGUGUAAAUAAUCCUCAGCAAUUUUGGCAUGUGUAUCUGUUACAUGGUGUAGCAUUUUUAUGUAUUUUAAAUGGUCAAAUAAAAAAAAUAAAACUGCUGCCAUUCUUUCGACCACAACCAUCAGUUCACCACUACCGCUCACAUUUUGUUUGUAUUUUAAUGCUACCUCCCUUUCAACCAUGACUUUGUCCAUAUGUAAGUUAGUGAAUUGGUCAGAGAGUUGGUUUAAAGCUCCAUCUGCUGUAUUCCUUUCAUAAUAGUGGUGAAAGUCAACCUGUCGAUCCUGUGGAACAAUGCACUGAACCAAGGUAUAUCACAUUAAAAGCUAAGACAAGUGAUGUGUGUGUGUUUUCUCACAAUUAAACUUUGUUGAAUUUCUUGGGUGAAUGUUUUUUAUAUAUACAGAACAAAAUUACAGUUAAUGAGGAAAUCAGUCAAUUGAAAUGAAUUCAUUAGGCCCUAAUCAAUGGAUUUCACAUGACUGGGAAUACAGAUAUGCGUCUGUUGGUCACAGAUACUUAAAAAAAAAAAAAUGGGCCUCACAGUGGGCCUCAUGAUCUUGUCACAGUGUUUCUGUGCAUUCAAAAUGCCAUUGAUAAAAUGCAAUUGUGUUCGUUUUCCGUAGUUCAUGCCUGCCCAUACCAUAACCCCACCGCCACCAUGGGGCUCUCUGUUCACAUCGUUGACAUCAGCAAACCGUUCACCCACACAACGCCAUACAUGUGGUCUGCGGUUGUGAGGCCGGUUGGACGUACUUCCAAAUUCUCUAAAAUGACAUUGGAGGCGGCUUAUGGUAGAGAACUGAACAUACAAUUCUCUGGCAACAGCUCUGGUGGACAUUCCUGCAGUUAGCAUGCCAAAUGCACGCUCCCUCAACUUGAGACAUCUGUGGCAUUGUCUGACAAAACUGCAAAUUUUAGUGGCCUUUUAUUGUCCCUAGCACAAGGUGCACCUGUGUAAUGAUCAUGCUGUUUAAUCAGCUUCUUGAUAUGCCACACCUGUCAGGUGGAUGGAUUAUCUUGGCAAAGAAGAAAUGCUCACUAACAGGGAUGUAAACAAGUUUGUUCCCAGAUUUUGAGAGAAGUAAGGUUUUUGUGCGUAUGGAAAAUGUCUGGGAUCUUUUAUUUCAGCUCAUGAAACAUGGGACCAACUUUACAUGUUGCGUUUUAGAUUUUCGUUCUAUGUGUAUAAUAUAUAUAUUAGUGUGAAUGGCUGUACUAAAAACGUUCAUCUCUGUGUUUCCAGUACUCCUAGUGACCUAGUAGACCGGACACAAGAGUUCGUCUUCACAGAGCAGCAAACUACUGAGGAGGAGCUAGUCUGCGCUCGGUUGUUGCAGUUGCUAAACCCUGACCCUCUGAACCCAGAUGUAGACUCAUCAGAAGUUACUGUAAGCAUCGAAUCAACCUUAAUUUAUGCCUUUUUUUUGUUGCAUCAAUGGACUGAAUGCAGAUAUACUCAUCACUUCCUUCUUGGGUAGCUUUCACCAAAUGUAUUGACAUUUUUUGUGCACAUACAAUAAUGUCUACUGUGCAUGACUGACUAAAUGUGUUCUUCAUGUCAGAUCGUCCAUACUGAUCUGAGCAGGAGUGGGAUAGUGGUGCAUUCUGCCUUUACUCUGGACCCCUGCACCAGUCUGGCCAACGCUCCAAUCACCGACACCUUCCGGAGGGUUGGUUUGCUUUCAACGAUGUUCUAACGUUCGAAUGGAAUGUAUUUUGAAUGCACUGAUUGUACAUAGCUCUGGAUAAGAGCGCUUGCUAAAUGGACUAAAAUGUAAAUGUAUUUACAACUGUGAAAAUGUAAUGAUAGGAAUGUAAUGUAAUGUUUGGAAUAAGGUAAUAGAAGUCAAGAUAAGAUUGUUCAGUAUAAAUGUAAAUAGUUUAACAUUUGAAAUGACUGUUCAACAUUUUACCCUGAAGAUCUUAGGCAACAAUAAUGUCCAGUCGUAUGGGCAGCAGGUAGCCUAGCGGUUGUUGGGCCAAUAACCGAAAGGUCGCUGGUUCGAAUCCCGAAGUCGACUAGGUGAAAAAUCUGUAAAUGUCUAGACUAGUAUGUCAUGAUGAAGACUGGUAUGUGCACCGUGUUCCCUUUCAGAUCUUGAUGAGGAAGAAGUAUGCCGGCCCGUCUGUGGCUGAGAGUUACUGUUGGCCGGCGGUGGCCCGGGGCUGUGAUACGGUCCUCAUCUCCCACAGCGGAGACCAGCCCCUCACCUACAUCCCCCCGUUCCUGGCCCACAUGCAGCUCUCCUCCGUCUUCAGCGCCCUCUCGUCUCGCACCGGGGUGAGUUGAGCAAGCAGAGCACUAGACAGGAAUGGUGUUAUUUCCAGUGUUUCCCCUGCUAUUACUGGAUUACUAUCUCUGUUGGCCCCCUAAUAAAAUUGUCUGGCAUCAAUUAAACAGUCAAAUCUUUGUUAUGCCAGGCCUCUGCAACUCUUUUCAUGGUGAUACCACUCUACGUAGACAAAGUAGCAUGUAGAAAUAUGGAUGUUUAAUUGGUUUGUUAGGGUUCAACGCCAAACUGCAGUAACCUACCAAACUACGACCAGUAAGUCAGACAUGGCUUUCUGCUGACAAAUCUGCAGUUAAAGGAUCUAUUUGUGUUUAUUCUGUUUUAUCUAACACCACAUUGUAUGUUGUCUCCUUCAGCCCAUAGCGGUGAUCCUGUGCCCGGGGUGGGAGAAAGCCCAGACUGUCAUUGACCUGCUGGAGGAGAGCCAGACCGCCCAGGUCCUCAACCCCAUGGUCAUACUGGUGGGACUGGGGAAGGACGAGGCAAAGACUGUCAAGAUCCAUAACAACUGUAAGACCAUUAUUCACAGGGUCAGGACAGUUAGAUUUGACAGACAGACAGGAGUAUUACAUUCCUCUCCUGCUGUGUUUGUGUGUCUGUCUCCAGGCCAGGUGGUGGUGACCACUCCGUUCAGCCUGGUGCGUCUGCUGUGUUUGCACUGUUUCCAGUUCCUGCGGCUGUGUCACCUGGUGCUGGACGAGGUGGACCUGCUCUUCUCUAGAGCCCCGGAUGAGGUGAGAGACACAAUGACUGUUCUUCAACUGUAGUGAUAGGACCGUACAAAAGGAGAGAGCGGGAGAUACACAUGGUAAAGGGGCACAGACAGGAAAAUAGCCAAGACAGAACUCAAACCCCCGUCACCAGGGGGUAUAUGCGGUCCGGAGAUUGCAGUGAUAAAACUAGACCAGACUCCAGUGCUUUCAACUGCCUAAAGCAGUAAUCCUGGUCAUCUGCACUUCAAAAGCAACACCACAACGCCUCUCCCCUAUUUGACCUAGAUAUUUUGUGUGUAUGUAUUGAUACAGUGGGGAGAACAAGUAUUUGAUACACUGCCAGGUUUUCCUACUUACAAAGCAUGUAGAGGUCUGUAAUUUUUAUUAUAGGUACACUUCAACUGUGAGAGACGGAAUCUAAAACAAAAAUCCAGAAAAUCACAUUGUAUGAUUUUUAAGUAAUUAAUUUGCAUUUUAUUGCAUGACAUAAGUAUUUGAUACAUCAGAAAAGCAGAACUUAAUAUUUGGUACAGAAACCUUUGUUUGCAAUUACAGAGAUCAUACGUUUCCUGUAGGUCUUGACCAGGUUUGCACACACUGCAGCAGGGAUUUUGGCCCACUCCUCCAUACAGACCUUCUCCAGAUCCUUCAGGUUUCGGGGCUGUACGGACUUUCAGCUCCCUCCAAAGAUGUUCUAUUGGGUUCAGGUCUGGAGACUGGCUAGGCCACUCCAGGACCUUGAGAUGCUUCUUACGGAGCCACUCCUUAGUUGCCCUGGCUGUGUGUUUCGGGUCGUUGUCAUGCUGGAAGACCCAGCCACGACCCAUCUUCAGUGCUCUUACUGAGGGAAGGAGGUUGUUGGCCAAUAUCUCGCGAUACAUGGCCCCAUCCAUCCUCCCCUCAAUACGGUGCAGUCGUCCUGUCCCCUUUGCAGAAAAGCAUCCCCAAAGAAUUAUGUUUCCACCUCCAUGCUUCACGGUUGGGAUGGUGUUCUUGGGGUUGUACUCAUCCUUCUUCUUACUCCAAACACGGCGAGUGGAGUUUAGACCAAAAAGCUCUAUUUUUGUCUCAUCAGACCACAUGACCUUCUCCCAUUCCUCCUCUGGAUCAUCCAGAUGGUCAUUGGCAAACUUCAGACGGGCCUGGACAUGCGCUGGCUUGAGCAGGGGGACCUUGCGUGCGCUGCAGGAUUUUAAUCCAUGACGGCGUAGUGUGUUACUAAUGGUUUUCUUUGAGACUGUGGUCCCAGCUCUCUUCAGGUCAUUGACCAGGUCCUGCCGUGUAGUUCUGGGCUGAUCCCUCACCUUCCUCAUGAUCAUUGAUGCCCCACGAGGUGAGAUCUUGCAUGGAGCCCCAGACCGAGGGUGAUUGACCGUCAUCUUGAACUUCUUCCAUUUUCUAAUAAUUGCGGCAACAGUUGUUGCCUUCUCACCAGCUGCUUGCCUAUUGUCCUGUAGCCCAUCCCAGCCUUGUGCAGGUCUACAAUUUUAUCGCUGAUGUCCUUACACAGCUCUCUGGUCUUGGCCAUUGUGGAGAGGUUGGAGUCUGUUUGAUUGAGUGUGUGGACAGGUGUCUUUUAUACAGGUAACGAGUUCAAACAGGUGCAGUUAAUACAGCUAAUGAGUGGAGAACAGGAGGGCUUCUUAAAGAAAAACUAACAGGUCUGUGAGAGCCAGAAUUCUUACUGGUUGGUAGGUGAUCAAAUACUUAUGUCAUGCAAUAAAAUGCAAAUUAAUUACUUAAAAAUCAUACAAUGUGAUUUUCUGGAUUUUUGUUUUAGAUUCCGUCUCUCACAGUUGAAGUGUACCUAUGAUAAAAAUUACAGACCUCUACAUGCUUUGUAAGUAGGAAAUCUUGCAAAAUCGGCAGUGUAUCAAAUACUUGUUCUCCCCACUGUAUGUAGGCUAUCGGGGCCGUUUUUUUAAAUGUAUGUAGUUCUGUCCUUGAGCUGUUCUUGUCUAUUAAUGUUCUGUAUUAUGUCAUGUUUCAUGAUCUGUGCGGACCCCAGGAAGAGUAGUUGCGGCUUUCGCAACAGCUAAUGGGGAUCCUAUUAAAAUACAAAAAGAAAACUCAGUCUCAUUGGUUUUCCUCCUUCGCCACGGUCUCCUCAGCAGUUUGUCAGACUAAUGUUCUCCCCCUUUCCUCAGAUGACCACCAUACUGCAGCACUUCCAGAGGGUGACGGCCAGCGAGGAGCGGGUGUCGUGCCCCAGACAGAUCAUCGCAGUGGGCAAGCGCUGGUGCCACCACCUGGAGGGUCUGCUCCACAACCACAUGAGCAACCCCACCAUUAUCGUCACGGUGAUGGAGGAGGCUGCACUCUACGGCAACGUGCACCAGGUCAGUUUUGAAAGGACUGACAACAAAAUAAAUUAUGGCUUGUGUCCCAACAAAAACAAUCUAUAUUUAAGUGUAAUUACCCUUACCUUGAAUUGUGUCUGAAGGCCCAUAGUGACAGAAUCAACAAUAGUCCAUUGUUUACUUCUGCCACAUCCAGGAGCUAGCAUAAUUAGCCUCGUCCAAAUUCAUGAACGUGAACAGCCGGACCGAUGUUAGCAAAGCUGCAUCGCAAGCAGAAAUUAACUCAUAAAAACCCUGUAAACUAAAUUCAAACUAAAUGUAAUGGAUUAUUGUGGAUUCUGUCACUAUGGGCCUUCAGACACAACUAAAGUUAAGGGUAAUUCCACUCAAAUAUAGAUUUUGCCUCAACUAUCCCUUUAAGUGUGUAUCCAUCUCUGAUUUCAAGGGCCUGUUGGUUGGAUUUGUGAUUGGUUAAAGCUAUGUAAUGGGGCAGUAAACUUGCUUUCAUCGUACCUCAUUUAGACUAGUCAUUACUUUUAGUAAGGGUGGAAGGGUCCAUGAGUCAAACAAGGUCUAAGAGUUGUUUUGUAUUCUAUCGCUCAAAGCAAAGUUUCACUUAUGUGUAAAUGUUCUUCAAUAAUAAAAAAUAAAGAAAGCAUUCUCGCAUCUCUCUUCAACCCUCCCCCCAGAUUAUCCUGUUGUGUCUGGACUGCACUAAGAUCUCUGUCCUGCUCGGGGCACUGGACUUCACCCCCGACAUGGCCCAGAAGACCCUUGUCAUCACCAACUCUGUUGAGGAGGUCGAGCACGUCUUCAAGGUAACUCUACAGCAAUCUAUAGAUCUAGAACAAAUAAAUGUUUGUUUGCCAACCUUAUUUUUGGACAUCCUGUCCCCUACAGGAGCACGGUACUAUAGAAACAAAAAGCCAUUGCUACAUUUCAAUACUUGUAAGAUUAGCAUUUUGUAACCUUAUUUUUGGACGUCUUACCAGAAGUGUACAGUACUAGAAAAACAAAACAUUGUUAAUGUAUAUUCAUUCAACUAAAUGUUUGUUCCUUGAAUCUGUCAUUCAGGCUGUUUCCAACACAUCAGCGUUUUCCCUGAAGGCCCACGAGGGCUUAACCUACCAGUUUGACUUGGUGACUGAGCAGUGGACGAAGCCCAUUGGACCUGGCACUCAUGUCAUUCUGGGUGAACUGACCCACAAUUGCAUUUACUUAGGAGUUGACAGUUGCAAUGAAUAAAAAUGGCAUACAUCUUUCCAUUUUAUGGCAUAGUCUGCCAGGUCAGCUCAGUUCACUUGAUUGAAAGUGAGCGUGUCUCCAGGUAUUUUCUCUAAUUUGCCCUUUGAUAAAUCUGACCUAUUUUUCUUUCCUUCUCUUCCUGUCCACCAGUCACCACCAAUGAGUGUAUGAAGUCUUUGGGUAUCCGUGAUGCUACGUGUGUUGUGCACUACGGCUUCCCAAGCUCACCUAAGCUGUUUGGCAGCCGUCUGUUCUGCAUGUCCCAGAACUUCCAGAACCUCUCAGACAAGGUAACGUUAGGACAAACCAAAUCCGCACAAUAUGUUCCUUCUCUUGCUCUGUGCCGGAUUCAGAGCUGAGAUAAGCGUGCAAAGCUCUGACUUCUUCUGGGAGACUUGCGUGAAAAGCCUAGGUUAGCGGGCAGAUCUCAAGUCAGAAGAUGGCCAUGAGUGACUUGUUUUGAUCUCCUUUUACAUAACCUAUUCAGAUGGCAUCUGUGUCUGCUUUGACUGUAUGAGCAUGGUCUACUUUGUGAAUUCCUUUUCAUAUGGGAUUCUGUGAUUGACAGGAGCGUGCUGCAGAGAACACAGCCCACCCUGCCAAGUCAGUGCUGCUGCUGUCCGAGAGGAAUGCCCGUCACGUGAUCGGGGUCCUGCGCUACCUGAAGCGUACUGAGGCCUCGCUGCCUCCAGAGCUGCUGCACUUCGCCCAGGGAGUCCUGCAGGCCAAGGAGGAACAGAAGUCAGACAGGCCUCUCUGCAGCUACCUCAAGAGCUUCGGCUUCUGCAGGUCAGUGCUGCUGAGAUGCAGGCAGUACUCUGCCAAGAACAUUUCUCCAUGGGGACAAUAAUGUUAGAUUUGAUUUGCUGUUAUGCAUGUUACAAUACUCAGACAUGAGCUGAACCUUGGAUUUGGGUACUUUUGAAAGAUGCAUACUUGUCCUAUGCACUUAAGAAUAUAACUUUAUAGUUUUGUAAUUAAUUGCUUUGCUUAAGGGCACAGCAGCAAUAGGUGGCACCUGAUAUUCUUUAUGUAGUACUUAAUGUGACUUGUGCUGUAUUGCAGGGACAGCAAUGUUUGUUCUUAUCGACACAGCAUCAGCCCCAUACAGGAUCAGCCACUGCAACCAGACUCUGGAACUAUUGUGGUGAGUCAGCAUAUUAUAUGAUAACACUUGUUUCAGGGGUGUAGAUAUCAGCCAAGAACACAUGCCAAAGUUGGACAUAUCCUCUCAAGCUUUUCCAAUGAGGUCACCGGUGUAAUAUAGUUUAAUAUUCUAUCUGAAUGUAUACAAAUGAAGACAUUCAAUUUUUUCACGCUUACGUUUGAAAGGUUCUGCCCUUGUACAUCAAGACUGCUUCCGUCUACUACGGACGCAUUGUGAGUAAGAAGGUGGACAGUUAUGAGAGCCUGGCAGCAGAGAUGACUGCGUACUACGCCACUGAGAAGCUGGGCGCUAAGGAGGUUCUGGAGGGAGGGCUCUACGGAGUACAAGAGGAUGAGGUCUACCACAGGUCAGAAAACAAACACCAAACAACAUUAAUUCAGUCACUUUCAUAACUGAUGAUGUAUGUUAUAUGGCCAUGAAGCAGGUUUAAACAACAUGCCAAGUAAUGGUUACAUGCAGUGAAGUCCAAAUCCUCUGGGUGGGUCAAAUGCUUUUGUCACAUAUCAACCCAAUGCCACCCUACCUCUCGUUCCUUAACAAUUUCACCCACUGCUCCUCUCCUACCUGUCAUGCAGGGUGCGGUUGACUUCGGUGCCGGACAAGGGUGAGUGUCUGUUCUGCAGCGUGAGGGCUCUGUUCCUGGAUGAGGGGCGUGAGCAGGAGGUGAAGUCCCACCAGCUGCUGCAGCUGCCGCCCCAGUUCCACACACUGCCACCCCAGGCUCUGGAAAUCAUCGUCUGCAGGGCUAUGCCCAUCGACGCUGAGGUCGAAUGGAACCCCAAGGUCUAUACACCAGGCUGCACUCACUCACUGGGCUCUUUCUCUCACUCACUUUUUCGGAGCUCAUCUUUAGGGAUAGAACAUUGAAAUGAUUAGAAGCAAUGACUGUGAAUUAUGUUGCAGAAGCUCAAAUUAUGUGUUGAGAUUGUGAUUGCCGGAGACUCAUAUUGUGAAUGCCAAUUGCUAGUGUAGGACCUUACCUUUUCAAAGUGCAUAAUCAAUGAGUCUAGAACAACAGGUUACAAUGACAUUAUUCCAAUGGUGUGGAUUCAGGUCACCAGGGCCAUCAGUCAGAAGAUCAAAGGCCUGCAGCACCAAGCCAAGGUUGUUCUGUGUUUGGGAAACACGGUCUUCGUCGAUCCCAUGGUAGGUUGUCACUUUUUAUCUUCCAUUUGGUUUUAGCUACUUCUACUCCAUCUACAGACAGCUGAAUUUCAACACAGACACACAAACACUGAAUGUCCUUAAUCCUUGUGUGGCAGGUAGCCUAGCGGUUAAGAGCGUUGGGCCAGUAACUGAAAGGUUGCUGGUUCAAAUCCUAAAGCUGAUUAGGUGUAAAAUCUGUCUGUGCAAGGCACUUAACCAUAAUUGCUCCUGUAAGUCGCUCUGGAUAAUAGUGUCUGCUAAAUGACUAAAAUGUGCUCUGUUCUCAGGUGCGGAUGACCCGUCUGCCAGGCCUGAAGACAUUCAUAAACGAGUACAACAUCCACGCUGAGAUCCUGAGCACAGGGAUGGGCACCAGCAACCCUCAGCACCUGGACCUGCUGAAGGAGCUCCACCACGGGGCUGGGCCUGGAGCCAGUGCUGGGGAGACCCCUCUCACCACGGGGUGAGUUCAGUCCUCUAUGCCCAUGGGUAACCAGGCUUUCAGCACCAUAGGACCUCAUAAUACAAGAUACUGUACACUGACAUCCAACAGCAUUCUUCACUUAUAAUACGGCACAAUGUAAUACAGCAUGUUAAAACUUAUGCUGCUACACCAGGGGCUAUGUGCAGAUAUGGGGUUACGUCAGAGAGGACAUGGCUGUCAACCAUUCGAUUUUUCAUCCCCAGUACUUAAUGAGAGCACUACAUUACCAACCUAUUAUGAUUGUGUGUCGUGACUCGUGUCUGCUUGGUUUGUUUGCUAGGCCGGAGGGCUCUGAGGUGACCUUGGAGAACAAGGUGCAGGCUGCAGAGGAGGCCCUGGUCCACAGGAUGAGGGCAGCCGUCGAGCGCUUACACUGUGGCCAGGAGGUUUCUGUAGACCCGCCCCAGAACCAAACGGCUGUGCUUCAUGCCCAGACAGACCUGUCCCAGUGCCAUAUGAAGGACUCAGCAGACCUGCGUCAGAUGGACCAGAAGGUCUUUGUAUGCCCUACCCAGCUCUCGCCCAAGCCACAGAAGGAGGCCCCAUUAGCAGCAGUACCUGAUCCGAGCGUAGCUCAACUACCAACACUCAUGGACAGGGCCCAGAUACCUUCCCCACUCCCAACACCUCGCGAGGCCCAGUUACCUUCCCCACUCCCAACACCUCGCGAGGCCCAGUUACCUUCCCCACUCCCAACACCUCGCGAGGCCCAGUUACCUUCCCCACUCCCAACACCUCGCGAGGCCCAGUUACCUGCCCCAACACCCAUGGACAAUUACCCCAAAAUGGAGCAGUGGAGGAGCCUCAUAGCUAACCUCCAAGGCACCACUCCAACACGGAGGUUGGUGUCUUCACUAUUGUUUUUCUUUGAUGCUGUCAGUCAAUAAAAAUAGAUUUUCUGAUGUUUGAUUCUUUCACUAUACAGUGCGGCUCUGCACCCGACCCGAGAUAUCCCACUGUCCACUGACGUCAAUUUAACGUCUAUUACACGUUGGUUCAACGUAAUUUCAUUGAAAUGACGUGGAAACAACGUUGAUUUAACCAGUGUCUGCGGCAGAGGCUUACGUCUCAGUGCUGAGUGCCCUAACUGUGAUCAAUGGCUAGUGUUUCAUUGAUCUCACUUCAACAUGUGAUGUUCACAAGACUUGUGUUGUCAUGCAGGCAUACAGCUCUACAAGGAUUCUCCCCCAAAGACUGGAUUUCUGCAGUUCCCCGCCCCAUUGAAAAUGGUAUGAAAACUAUUUUAGUUUGAUAGUGAUCAACAAUGUCCAAAAAGUAAAUUUACUGUAUGUAUGUAUGUAUGUCUAGUCAACCAUGACAUUCACUAUUGUUGAAAACACAAGUUGAUAAUGAUCAACAAAGACAUAUAAAGACUCAAAUAUAGAGUAGUCUACUAUGCCAUUCACCAUUGUUGUACCUCAUAAGGCUGGCUCUUCAUACUAUUCCAACUGGUGCAUUUGUCUUAUUCAGGUCAUUUGAUCGAUGAGAAGCAAAUCAACGGCCAGCAAGUCAUCAACAGUGAGAAAGUCAUCAGUGUUGACAAGGUCGAUGUGGACGCACCAAAAAGGUAUUUGAGGUACACGUAUCCCUUAUAUUUCUGAAUAGUCAAAUUAAGCUGAUUUUGUGUUUUUGUAGUGCGCAUCAGUGUUGCAUGGAGUCGAUUCCACUUCAAUUCAGUUUACUUAAUAUAUAAAUUGGCUGAAUUGAAAUGCAAAUGACUCCAAUCCAUCAUAGAUUUACAUUUAGUUAGUCUUUUUCAGUUUCCAUCCCCAGAUCAAGUGGUUCCAGAGAGAUGACACAGUCACACUGAACAUAAAGCUCAGAGAACCAGUGGAACAGAGAUGUGAAUUCUUCCCUGACAGAGUGGUGUACAGGUCUGUUUAAUGUCUGUCACAUGUCCUUUCAACCACCUGAACAGACAGUUUUUAUCUAAAGUAGCUUGAGGCAAGUGCUGAGCUGUUAAUGUUUCUGUUCUAUGUAAAUAAAAAUGUAAAAAAUAACUCCCGUGCAAGGUAACAUUGUGUGUGCAGGAGUUUUUUAAAAGAUGAAGUUAACAUUGGGGCUGUAAUUCCCUGCAACACAAAUGAGAGAAGCAUUUCAUUUGAUAAUAUUUCAUCUCUAACGAUUAUAUUGCCUCUGUAGUGCGUAUGUGAAUGACAGGCCUUACCGUGCUGACCUGGAGCUCCAUAGUAACAUCACUGCAGAGAAGUGCUCCUGGGAGAUGAAGUGCAAUGAGCCAGUCAUCAGGCUCGUCAAACAGGAGAGGGGAGACUGGAAGAUGCUCCUCAAGCAAAAGGUAGUGCUUUUUAUUAAGGGAAAAAUAUAUAGUAUUAUAUGUCUAUCUCCUAAUCUCUUUUGUACAGCUAGCAAUACUUGUAGGUAGACAUACUUUGGAUAUUUAGUCCUCUUGACAUUUGAGAACUAAAAAAUACAAGACAUGACCUUCCAAAUGAGUUGUUAGAGUUCUGCUUACAGUAACAGAAUGUACUAGUAGAUGUCAUACCUCGUUGUUUAUUCAUGAUAAAUAUUGUGAUGUCCUCAGAGUGCUUUUGUUAGUUUGGACUUCGACCGCUUUGAGGAAGAUGAAAAGAAGACUUUAAAUGGUAAGAUUUCAGAAUCAUUUGCACUAAAUUCCAGAAGCUAAAGUUAUUUACAUUUAUUUGCAGUCAGUUAGCUACCGCCCCCAAACUCUUUCACUAGCUUUCCAUCAUUGUAUCAAGCCUCUUAAAAUUACAUGGAGGCUCCAGUUAUGCUUUCACAGGAUAUUAGCCAUAGAGAUAAAAUACACUACAUUAUCAAAAGUAUGUGGACACCUGCUCUUCGAACAUGUCAUUCCAGAAUUAUGGGCAUUAAUAUGGAGUUGGUCGCCCCCCCUUGCUGCUAUAACAGCCUCGACUGUUCUGGGAAGGCUUUCCACUAAAUGUUGGAACAUUGCUGUGGGGACUUGCUUCCAUUCAGCCACAAGUGCAUUAAUUAGUGAGGUCAGGCACUGAUGUUGGGCCAUUAGUCCUGGCUCGCAUUCAGCGUUCCAAUUUAUCCCAAAGGUGUUUAAUGGGGUUGAGGUCAGGGCUCUGUGCAGGCCAGUCAAGUUCUUCCACACCGAUCUCGACAAACCAUUUCUGUAUGGACCUCACCUCGAGCACGGUGGCAUUGUCAUGCUGAAACGGGAAAGGGCCUUCCCCAAACUGUUGCCACAAAGUUAGAAGCACAGAAUUGUCUAGAAUGUAAUUGUAUGCUGUAGCGUUAAGAUUUCCCUUCACUGGAACUAAGGGGCCUAGCCCGAACCAUGAAAAACAGCCCCAGAACAUUAUUCCUCCUCCACCAAACUUUACAGUUGGCGCUGCAUUCGGGCAGGUAGUGUUCUCCUGGCAUCCGCCAAACCCAGAUUUGUCCGUUGGACUGCCAGGUGGUGAAGCGUGAUUCAUCACUCCAGAGAACGUGUUUCCAUUGCUCCAGAGUCCAAUGGUGGCGAGCUUUACAGCACUCCAGCCGACGCUUGGCAUUGCGCAUGGUGAUCUUAGGCUUGUGUGCAGCUGCUCGGUUAUGGAAACCCAUUUCAGGAAGCUCCCGACGAACAGUUCUUGUGCUGACGUUGCUUCCAGAGGCAGUUUGAAACUCAGUAGUGAGUGUUGCAACCGAGGACUGCCGAUUUUUACGCGCUACAUCACAUCAACGCGGUCCCGUUCUGUGAGCUUGUGUAGCCUACCAAUUCGCGGCUGAGCCGUUGUUGCUCCUAGAUGUUUCCACUUAAAAAUAACUGCACUUACAGUUGACCGGGGCAACUUUAGCAGGGUAGAAAUUUGACGAACUGACUUGUUGGAAAGGUGGCAUCUUAUGACUGUGCCACGUUUUACAUUCACAGCUCUUCAGUAAGGCCAUUCUACUGCCAAUGUUUGUCUAUGGAGAUUGCAUGGCUGUGCUCAAUUUUAUACACCUGUCAGCAACGGGUGUGGCUGAAAUAGCAGAAUCCACUCGUUUGAAGGGGUGUCCACAUACUUUUGUAUAUGCAGUGUAGUUCUGACUGACCACCUUGUUCUGUUGCUGGUGUUCCUCAGGUCUCUGCUUUGUGGGGCACACUGGGGAGGAAGGCUGCUACGUGAGCUCAGACAGUAGCAGUGACUGACUGCAGACAGACGGCCCUCAUCGAUCCUCCCUCUAAUCAUCAACUGAGAAGAACCUAGUGCCAAUCCCCCCAAAAUACAUAAAUUCAGCCAGUUAGUUAUUAUACACUUUUCCUUCAUGUCUGCUUGAAGGAUGCAUCUCUUUGGCUAUUUUAGGACAUUUCAUAUGACAAUUCCAUGUUUUCAGGUUUAUUUUUUGAUGUUAUGCUAUCAGACUAUCAACACAAGUGAAUUGAGAAUGAUGGCUUAUUCAAAUCUGUUAUGACACAGGUACAUCAGAAAGUACUUAGUAGUAAGGAAUUGCCAAACUAGCAGAUACUCAUAGACGUCCAGUCAUUGUGUUAACGCUAGUUAGAAUUGGCUUCCGAAACUACCUAUAACUUCCUUCAUACUGGACACAGAGACAUACAAAUGGUAUCCACGAGUUCAUCUGACACUGUGGAAGAAGAUAAAUGGCCUCAUUGCCAAAAUCCCAAAGUAUCCUUUUAAGUAUGUUAAAAAGCAGCUUUUCUGUUGGAAUGAUGUGGGCGUACCUCAACAACAGAAUGGUGUGGGCGUAUACUGGUCAUAAAAAAUAUUCAAGCAAGUAGGCUGCUGAUUGGCCAUCUCAUCCUCCUCAGGAGGAUGACAUCAUCCUCUAUGAAGAAAUGGAAAGCAUUUCUGAAACUGUCUGUUUGAGGUGGUCUUUGAAGUGGGUUUAUGCUUUAUGCUUUGGCCACAUACAAGUAUAGGAUGAAUCAACAACGUUAUUUGGGUAUGAGUUAACAGAACUUUUAAAAGUGAGAUUUUCACUGGACAGUUACAAUAAGCGUGUUCACACAUAGUUGUUAGCUAAAACGCAAAUCAGUUUUGUUAUAGGUUUAAGUUAGGUUCAAUUUCAAGCAAACUAAAAUGUGUAAACCGAUCCUUGUUUUCAAGUGUCUACUUGACAGAAAUUGACAGAUUAAAGCUACAUUCUGGGAUUCGAAAAACUGCUGCCCUGUCACUUGUUUUGGUAUACAGCUGAGGGAUGGGGCUAGGAAAAUGUAACCCCUCUCAAAUUCAUAGACUCCGCUCUAGGUGCAAGGACUAACAGUAUACCAGAUGCUUUUAUCCACAGCGACUUAGUCAUGCGUGCUUCGUGCAUAAUUGUUUUACGAAUGAGUGGUCCCAGGAAUUGAACCAACUGUCCUGGUGUUGCAAGAGCCACGCUCUACCAACUGAGCUACAGAGGACCAGCCCAUGACAUCCAAGCUAUACAUUGUUUGUUUACAUUGUCGUUUGUAAACUAUAGUGUAAUAAAACCAAAUAUUUUGGGUUAUGAUAAAGACCGAUGGUUGUGCUUUGCUCAUGGGGCGUUUAAAGCUCCAUUAUGUAACUUUGUGUAUUUUCGUUUUUUUCCCUAGUGGUCAUCAAUGUGAUUCAACAGUAACAAUAUUGCGUCUCCAUCCUGCCUGAAAACCACUGUAUUCGAUUUCCCUGUCGGGUCGGAUUUUCCCGCCAGAUUUAGUGCUGCGCGUAGUGAAUAACGAGUUUCCGUUAAUAUUCUUAAAGAAUCAAUAGGUGUAUUUCAAGAAUCUAAAUUACCAUUAAGCAAUUUUCAGAUUAUCGUUCUUCCAGAUUUAGCUCCAUUUUUGCUGUGAUUUUUCAAUUAAAAUGCAAUGGUUUUGGAACAGUUGCUUUGUAAAUUAAUACCAAUGAUUUUACUUUCAAUACAUGGACCAAUUCGGUAUGACCCAAAUUUCGCCAGAAGCACCAACAAAUUUACUUCGGAGUUAAUAUAGCCUUCAAAAUAAAAGUUAACAACAGCUACACUAUCAGUAGUCUAUGGUAGAAAUUCACCUUUCAGCAGUACAAUGAAGGCCAACGCUAUAUAAAAACACCUUUACGAAGUAUGGAGUGGGUUGUGUAGAUAAAAAUAAAUUAAAAAUGUAGUUGGAAUUUCUCCAAGUUAAAGGGUUAGUUUAUCUAAUGUAAUCAUGCUAGCUGUAGCAAAAGUAUACAAAGGAUUAUCGUGGAUGCUGUCACUACAGAGAGGUAUACUACGAUUGAAGCUAUAUUCUACUCAGGGUUUUCUAAAGCUAGCCAGGUUCAGUUAGCUUCACAUUCAGCUCCGGCACAAUCCGUACUAUGACUGUGGAUAUUGCUCGUCCGCUUGCGGCUAACUCUAGCAGGCUUGUGCGUGUCGCACAUGGCUAGUCGAACUCUGAACUCUUCAUUUAGACAAUGCAAAUUCAGCAGGCUAUGGUGUGAAAUAGGCUUGUAAAAGUGCCGUCUUUAUUGUAUUACUUAUUGGUAAUGCCAUCUUUGGUGUGCUUAUCAAUGCACCAGCACCUUUUUCCCCACUACUAUCGAACACAAACAUUUGAUUAAUAAAAUAUUUAAUCAGUCGUCUUCCUCAAAUGAAGGGGAUGAUGACGCAAUCUUUGCUAGUAGGAGGGAAUCUGAUUUUAUUGGUCCUCAACUCGCGGCUCAGACGCUUCAUUCAGUAUAAAAAGUUAGCCACGAGUUAGCCUGCCCUGGAGCAGGUUAGUUCUGAAGGAUUCGUUGCCAUAGAAAUGUAAAGGUCACUUUUGUGGUACCGGUUAUCCCGAGGAACUCCGAGUUUGUCAAAGUUACCGCACCUCACUAACUCGUCAAACCAUGUACGUAGUAUAGGGCUCAGGCCAACAUAUACAACUCAAAAGGCUGCAUUUAUACAGGCAUCCCAAUUCUGAUCUUUUGCCACUAAUUAGUAUUUUGACCAAUCAGAUCUUUUGCCAAUACAGUGCACUCAGAGUAUUCCGACCCCUUUAAUUUGGAUGGGGAGCGUCACUGCACAGCUAUUUUCAGCUCUCUCCAGAGAUGUUCGAUCGGGUUCAAGUCCAGGCUCUGGCUGGGCCACUCAAGGACAUUGAGACUUGUCCUGAAGCCACUCCUGCGUUGUCUUGGCUGCGUGCUUAGGGUCGUUGUCCUGUUGGAAGGUGAACCUUCGCCCCAGUCUGAGGUCCUGAGCGCUCUGGAGCAGGUUUUCAUCAAGGAUCUCUCUGUACUUUGCUCCGUUCAUCUUUCCCUUGAUCCUGACCUGUCUCCCAGUCCCUGCCACUGAAAAACAUCCCCACAGCAUGAUGCUGCAGCCACCAUGCUUCACCAUAGGGCUGUCAUGUGCCUUUUGCUGAGGAAAACAACAAUUUAAUCCAUUUUAGAAUAAGGCUGUAACGUAACAAAAUGUGGAAAAAGUCAAGGGGUCUGAAUACUUUCCGAAUGCACUGUAAUUGGGCACAAAAAUCUGAAUUGUAAACACAGCCAUUGUAGAUUUAAUUUCACCCAAGCAUGUAGAUUGGAUGAACUAACCCUUUAAAAGGUCAAUCAGCAGUUGCUACAGCCAUUUUUGGACUUAUAAUAAUAAAUAAUAUGUACCCAUUGAUUCUUGAAGAAUAUAACUUAUCAAUUCCUCAUGAGCUUAGUUAAACAGUUGUACCCAAAAUAUAAGCUUGUUUUUCUCCAAUGUUUGUAAACAAAGUAAAUGUAAACACAUUUUUAAAACUAAUUUCUAUAUCAUGGCUGGUCAGUCCUUGCAUCCAUAGCUCUAUGAAUUUGAGUGGUUACAUUUCUCCAGCCCCUUCCCUCAGCUUUUUACCGAAACAGGGGUGAGGAGUACACUUUUUUUUAUUGUUUCAACUGCUGAUUGCAGCUUUAAAAGGUGGUUCUGUUAGUGUUUGUGGUUUUACAAAAUAUAUGUUUUGACAUUAAAACAUGGCACAAGUGCCUUAGUCUGGUUCCUCUCAAGGUUUCUUCCAUCUGGGAGGUUUACCUUGCCACUGUGCUGCUGCUUGUUCUUUGGAGGAUUAGGCCAUGUUACCGUGAAGCACUUUGACAAAUGCUGUUGUAAAAAGUGCUUUUGUUUUAGCAUUUGUGGCACAAAUCCCCUGUAAAUCAUGGUACCUAUAUUAGCAUUUUUUGUGCAUCAGGUCCAAAUCAUCUAUAAGUGAGUUGAGCUACACAAUCAAUGUUCGAUAAUUUAGGAUGUUUUGGAUAUUAUGUGCCAAAAAAAUGCAAAUAAGUACCAUGACUUGAAUGGGAUUUGUGCCACAUGCUAAAAUAUUACCAUUUGAAAAUGGUGCCAAGGAAACUAAAUCUUGGAUUGCUGUCAUACCUUGUCCAUAGACUGCUUACAGGGAAAGAAACCAAUGUGAUUUUGUAAUUUGGGUGAACUAUCCCUUUAAAGUUAAUGGUUCCACUAAGCAUUUAAAUGGAUUCAGGGGUUAAAGUUCUCCGUCACUGCGAUGGAUUUCCUUCAUAUGGAUUCUGUUAGUUUUUUAAAAGAUAUUUAUUUUUCUUCCAAUAUUGAAAAAGACGAGUUGGUCAAACUCCGUUUAACCCAUUACAGUCUAAGCCCUGUGUAAGCCCAGGGGGUGUUCUACUAAGCUAUAUGGAAUUGUUUAAAGAAGGUCAUACCAAGGAUCAUUUUGCAAUAUGAUUUAGAAUUUUAAGAGCCCUUGAAGUAUCCCAAAACAUAUGAAAAAAUUAUUUGAACAUUUUUAUUUGGCCUUACUGCUAUUAGCCCAUACAAACGCAUUGAAUAACAGAUUAAUUACAUGGAACAUAUAUUCCCUCUAAAGGAAGUUUGUUCUGAAGUGUCUGUCCUAUAUCUGAGAGAUACGGUAUAAGUAAGAUCAGGAAACAUUUAUUUUAUUUAUUUUUUACAUGUAUUUAACCCCUUAUUUUUGGCACUAAACUGUCUCCAUAUAUACAUCCAUAUUUUUUUUUAAACUGGUACAGGGGGACCUUCAGAGGAGUCUUGUGAGGCCUGUGUUUGUGAGAGUCUCACCUUUCUACAGAAUGGUCAUAUUAGUGUGUAGCCCAAACUGGCAUUUGUUGAUUACUGAAGAGGCAUUUGUUGAUUACUGAAGAGGCAUUUGUUGAUUACUGAAGAGGAAUUUGUUAGUUAUUGAAGAGGGGACUGAUGUCAUUGCAAAAACCCAUGUCUUGGCAAAAACCCAUGUAGCUUGUGCAAUCUAGUUAAUUAACAUUUAUCUCAUUAUGUUGCUUAUUUUUGUCUCAAAAUCCAUGUAAAGCUCUAUUUUUUGGUUAAAUUAAAGUUCUUUAUUUUUCUUGAAGUACCCUGUUAUAAUGUGUUUAUCACACUUAGAACUGGAUUACCCUAAUAACUACUGGAACACCAAACAUGCAAAAUUUCCACUCAUUACAAUACCUGUAAAGAGGUGA